CGCAGCGCCCGCCGCGCCGCCACGCCGGUCCGUCGGGCCAGCGUGUGGGCCGGCCGGCCGCUCGGUCGGUUGCUUCUGUCUCGCGGCCCCCGCCGUGCUCGGUGGGCGACUGUGUUGCCGGCCUUUCCUUUCGUUCAUUCUUGCGCCGUGGAAAUCCCGUUAAAG